AUGGUUCUUGUGCUUGUUGUUGGUGACCUCCAUGUUCCGCAGCGUGCAGCCUCCAUUCCGAAGGUAUUCACUCAGAUGUUUACACCUGGCCGCAUACAGUUAGUACUAAUAACCGGAAACGUAGGUUGUCGAGAGAUGUAUGACUACUUUCGCAGCAUUGUACCGGAUGUGUACUGCGCCAAGGGUGAGUUUGACUCGUGUUGGUGGCCUAACGUUAACAGUAAGCAUGCUAGCGAUACAGAUAAGCUUUUGCAAGACACUCACGUGAUAAAUGUGGAAUCACUGCGUAUAGGCCUUAUCCACGGCCACCAGGCGAUACCGUGCGGUGACAGAGACAUGCUUGCCAUGCUGCAGCGCAAGUUAGAUGUGGAUGUAUUAGUGUCUGGUGCAACGCACAACAACAAGGUAUUUGAGUUUGGCGGGCACCUCUUUGUAAACCCUGGUUCAAUCACCGGUGCUUUUACAACAAGGAGGUUGGAUGUUGUCCCAACGUUCGUGCUUUUGGAUAUUCAAGACAAGAAGGUAACAUCAUUUUCUUAUGCCUACGCCCCCGGUGAGGGAGUGGGUGGAGAAGACUUUAAGAUCAAACGGAAGACGUGGAUCAAAGACGAGGAAGAGGAGGGAGAGGAGACACAAAAACCCCCUGCUUCCGCUGUUCCUCCUCCUCCACCUCCUGAAUGA